GUAAUGAGUGUGCGUAUAAGAAAGUAUUUAAAGAAGGGAGAAGAUUUAGCAGUUGCAGUGAUUCUUCUUGCAGUUUGUGUUUUGUUUGACUUCGUCAUGCAGCAAAUCUACACACAGAGCCAUGAAGAGUUUGAGGUGUUCACCACUGUUCUGUCGCCUCAAGUUUGUCAGAAGAGAGUGAUAUUCAAGCACCAAGGAGAAAUGAUGGUUGUGGCAGCAGACUACAGCGCAGACUGUGAUGAAGAGCUGAGUGUCCGUGCCGGUGAGGUUGUGUUGCUGCUGUAUCAGGAGAAUGCUGACUGGUGUUAUGUCCGACUUCAGAACGGAAAGGAAGGAUACCUGCCCACAGCCUGCUUCACUACGAAGCAGGAGUCAUUGAGGCCCUCUGUGACUCAGGCAUCGCAGAGCUUUACACAAACAUCAGCUAAAGAUCGAAUUGGCUGCUCUGGAGGGCGUUCUCUGAAACUGCUGCGGCGAGCAUCUCUGUCAGGAGUGCCAGGUUCACCUCGGUUGCUUCAGCGGCUGCUCUCUCGUCGACGUAGUGACGGACAUGCUGUACGUUCGAUCGGCUCCAUCAAUCCUGCAUUUCAUCCUGACUGAUGCAUCCAACCCUAGAGCUCCAGCUUUCUCCUUAAAUGGAUCACAGAACAGCAGAAACUAGGACAAGUCUGACACCAAAGUUCAGUCUGUAUGCAACUCCUUCAGAUUUGGAGAUAAAACAGAAUUUGGUGUCCUGAUUAGGAUUUGGGGCCUCUGUAACUUCGUAGCCAGUUCCGAGCACUGAAACUGCAACUGGUGUCAAGAAUCUUUACCAUUACUGCCCCGUGUAAAUAUGUGAAUACUGAAAAGAAAAAAAAAAAAAUGUAUAGCCUGAAUGCACUGUAAGUCACUUUGGAUAAAAGCGUCUGCUAAAUGCAUAAAUGUAAAUAUUGUGAUUUUGAUCCGAAAUUUCACACUCUUCUUCACCUAUGAAUGUAUUUAAUAUGUACAUGUUUUGACUAAUAAUACAGAAAGACUACAAUGAUAAA